UCGCUUUGAUUGUUGGUGCUCCCGCUAUGGGGCUCCGCAGGAAAAGCAGGAGCCCGCUCGUGCUGAGCCACGAGUUCGUGAUCCAGAACCACGCGGACGCCGCGUCCUGCCUGGCCGUGGGUCUCCUGCUGGGGCUCAUGUUCGAGAUCACGGCCAAGUACGUCAUCAUCUUUAUCACUGUGCAGUACAAUGUUACCCAUGCCACUGAUGACCAGAGUGAACAUGUUCAUUUUUAUGACUAUGGUCCAAAAGACAUUGCCACUGUUUUCUUCUACAUGCUUGUAGCUAUUAUUCUGCAUGCUGUAAUCCAAGAAUACAUAUUAGAUAAAAUUAAUAGACGUCUGCAUUUGUCGAAAACAAAGCACAGCAAAUUCAAUGAAUCAGGACAACUAGCACUUUUCUACUUGUUGUCAUUUACAUGGGGAGCAAGUAUCUUGAUUGCAGAAGAAUUCAAGAUGAACCCAACCUCUCUGUGGAAAAACUAUCACCAUUCUCGUAUGCUUUUUCAGGUAAAAUUCUUCUAUAUUUGCCAGAUUGCCUAUUGGCUUCAUGCACUUCCAGAGCUCUACUUUCAAAAGGUCCGAAAGGAAGAUAUUCCAAGGCAGCUAUGUUAUAUUUGCCUUUACAUUGUUCAUAUCUCUGGUGCCUAUAUUUUAAAUUUGCAGCAUUUGGGACUGAUUCUCAUGGUACCUCACUACUUGGUGGAACUCAUUUUUCAUGCCUCACGCCUUUUCUACUUCAGUGAUGAAAACAAGCAAAAAGGGUUUACCAUUUGGGCUUUACUUUUCAUGAUGGCACGUCUUUUGACCUUAACUUUAUCAGUCCUCACAUUUGGAUUUGGUCUGGCAGGAGUAGAGAAUCCAGAUUUUUCCACAGCAGAUGGAAACUUCAAUGUACUCCCUGUGAGGGUUAGCUGCCUGACUGCCAUUUGUCUAACACAAGCCUGGAUGAUGUGGAAAUUCAUAAACUUUCAGCUGAAGAAAUGGAGAGAGCAUAUUCAGAACCAGAUUCCUAAGAAAAAAAUAACUAACACAAAGAGCAAACCAACAAAAAGGGAAUCAAACAGAGUYAACUUUGUUAAUGGAGUGGCAAAGUUGGAAGAUGGAGCGUCACUACGAAUAAGAAAAAUGAAACCAAUAUAAACUAAUUUAACAGAAGACUGUGACUUUAAAACUUGAUCCUGCAAAACUCUUAUUUGGAUAUUAUAUAAAUGGACACUAUCAGGUUAAUUUAAAACAUUUCUCUCAUUUAAUAACUUGCAUUUGUGACAACACAUCAUCUUUAAUCAAGGUUAACUUAAGGGCCUUGAAAUUUCACUUUUCUUUGACAAGAAAAACAGACGAAACUUUGAAUCACUGGCUCUGUGAUCAGAGUGCGAUCAGAAAUUACCACAUUUCUAUAAUAUUUGCAUUAGAGACAYUUCAGGAUUCUGUUUUCAUUUAAAGACUGCUUUCAUUUAAAACUGUUUCUGGAAAUAUUGCGGUAUAAUUAUUUUACAGAUAUGUAGAUGGUUCCAUUGAAUAUACAAAUAAUGAAGAUGAGCAGAUUGGUGAAACAAAGUAUUUCAUUGGCAGAAGAAAUAAGCGUAUAUGCCUUUGGAAGUAAAAUGAAUUGAGUCAAUUCUUUUGUUUGUUUUUUUUAUUAGUAUACUAAGAGAUACUGUGCAAGUUSAAAUGGGAAAUGAUUCUAAGGCAGAGAUGCGUGGUGAAGUUGCCUUUAAAUUUCACAUCGUUCCUUUCUGACUUAGUGGAAGUGAAUUGUCAGGAAAAUAGAAUCUGCACAGAAAAUAAUGAACUCACAGGAGUACUUUGCUUGUAUGUACUGUAAUGGACUCUCUUAAAAUUUACAAGAAUAAGACAAUUCCAUGCUCAUCUCUGCAACUGUCUGUAUUUAAUUUCUUUCACCCUGCUAAGAUAAAACUUACUGUUUUAUUCCAUGUUUAGAUAAACCUCUGUGCCACAUUCAGGUAUUCUCUUUGUGUAUUAAACUCAAUAUUUUAUAAGGAAGAUCUGAGACAUAGGGAGAGUAGCUCUGAAUUCUCAAGUCUUGUCAGCUUUUAAAUUACAACCUUUGGGAGCAAUGCCCAAAUGUCUAAUGGCUUUGAAAUGACUUUGAAACAGUAAAACCUAUUGCAAACCCCUGAUGCCAGGUAAACCCAAGCAUCUGAUGAUGAAGUCAAAACAAAACGCACAGUGGGAGUCUCAUAUAGAAGUGUUUAGAUAGAUGGGAUCCAACUAAAAGAUAGACCUAAGUUUAGGGUAACAAAUAGAAUGUACUGCUGCUUUGUUCUUAAAUCCCAUUUUUGUCAAAGGGCUUUUUUCAAAAGUUUCUGGAUGUGUGUUCCAGAGUGCUCAGGAAAGCUGCUUUUCAUAGUCUGUGCUAGGGCCUGUGUAACACCUCAGUGGUUAAAGGAAUGAAGGGGAUGUUGGACUUUUCAGUUCUUUAUUUUAAAGGUAGCUUUGUCAGUGUGGURUUAGGUUUUGUUUUUGUUUUUUUCCCCUGAAGACAGAAGCUGAUUGCAUUUGUCAUUUCCAAACAAUUUUAUGAAUGUCAAAUCCAGUAACAAUCAAAUUGGAUGCUGACUCAUUCCUGUAGACUUAACCGUGAAGUUAUAUAACUUAUCUGAAGUUAUGUAAAAUUUCCAUCAGCCCAAAUGUUGGGGCAUGUGUCCUAUGCAAUUAAUGUGUCCUGUGCAAUGAAUGAUCCUAUCAAGUCCUUUUUAUCUUUAUUUUAAGACUCUAAUUUAUGCAAAUUAUAAGACUUUUAGAGUAAUUGUAUGUUUUAUGUUGUCAAAAUCUAAACAGUAAAUUUAUGUGGCAGAAGUCCUUUGCAAGUAGUCAUAUGCGCAUCAUAAAAUAUCAUGCAUCUGYUCUUAGGGGAAAACUAAAGUUAGGUCCUCUUAUUUUUACCCCUCUUGUCUUCCUGGUGAGUAUGAAAGAGUUGCUUUACCUUAUGUUUGCUUUAUGAUUGAAUGACACUUUURGGCCAUGUAGAAAAACUUACUUUACAGAUUUAUAUCUUAGUUUUUGAAUGGUAUGAUGCAAGUGMACAGAUUGUUUCUGACAGAAACGUAUCAGCUCAAGAAUGCUUUUUGUUACGUUUUUUAUCUCCACUUCUUAGGUUCUGAACUGACCRUCUAGCAUGGAGUUGAGUGGAAGCUGUAUAGUGGUGACAAGAUGGGGACACUGCUGUUGCUCUUUGCCACUUSUGUUCAAGUCUAAUAAAUAACUGUUAUGGAUCAGAGUAGACUCUAAAAUGUAACAUGUUCUCAAAACUUUAUUAACUCCCAUCUCCCAAGUACAUGUGAGAUUUUCUGAAUGCUCAGUACGGGGGAAUGCUACCCAAUUCUGUGUAAAUAAUUAAUUAGUUUCAUUAUGUUGAAGUGGGGUGGGGGAGGCAAUGUUUUGUCUGCAUUUAUUUCUUAAUAUUAUAAGAACAGAUUGAUGCAUCCACUUAAAUUGAGGGAAUCAAUGUACAAUAUCUUUAUACCAUCUGAAUGGUGACUUUCGUCACAGAAAUUGGUAGGGGAGAAAUGGGUAAGAACACYGAGACUGUAAACUACAAGUAUUUAGGUGUGUAGUUUUAAAUCUUUGUAGCUGAAACUGGAUUUAUAGACUUAGUUAUCAUGAGUAAUGUUAACAAACUGAUAUGCUUGUAACAAUUUUGUUACGAUUAUCACCUAAAUUCUUCUGUAGAGUUGCUUUGCACUUAAACCAGCAAUGUAUUCCAUAUUACAUUGAUAGAAGUGUGAUUUAGCAGAUAAUACUGUUUUGUUUUUAAUGGCUGUUAAACUGUAUUUUAAUUUCGGUUAAUUAUCUUGUCUGUCCUUUUCUGGUUGAACAAUUAGUGUUGAAAGGCUUUAUUUUUAAAGCAUUAGGAAAAGAUAAUUUGUGUAAAUAUCACUUCAUCAAAAUUAUGCUUUUGUGAAAAGUUGCUAAAAAUACUGUCCUUUAUUUUUACUGAAGCACAACAGAGCGUUUGAUUCCAGGUUUUUGUUGUUUGGCAUAUAAUCCAUAGUACUAGGUCUGUGKUUUUUUUCAUGAAUGCAGUUUUUGAUUGGCCAUAUUAUCCAGCUAUGCAAUUCUGAUCCAUCUCAUUUUAGUUUAAUUUUGCCUAAUUUCCUUCAAUGACAUUAGAUCAUCUGUUUUAUUAUUCUGCUAAGUCAAUUACUUUUGGUACUCUGGUCAGGUAUGCAGA